GUGUUUUGCUCUUCCCUUGCUGUCUUUCUUUUCCCUUAAUGGUCAACCCCUUGGUGCUCAAAGUAAAUAAUAGUCAGUCUAGUCUACCCAGGUGGAGAAUCAUUGAUUUUACUGCUUUGGUGUUCAGUCCUUCCUUGCUACGAACAACUGGAAGAUUAAUGCUAUAUAAAUCUUUCAGAAGUUAUUUACAUACAUAAAAUAAAGAGGCUACUUUGCUUUACCGGAAAGACAAUGGACAGGUACAAGUUAAUUAAAGAGGUUGGUGAUGGAACUUUUGGUACCGUGUGGCGAGCUAUCAAUAAGCAGACGGGUGAAGUUGUUGCAAUUAAGAAAAUGAAAAAGAAGUACUACUCAUGGGACGAAUGUAUCAAUCUGAGAGAAGUGAAGUCGCUUAGGAGAAUGGAUCAUCCAAAUAUCGUGAAGCUGAAGGAAGUCAUCCGCGAACAUGAUAUCCUAUACUUUGUCUUUGAGUACAUGGAUUACAACCUCUAUCAGCUAAUGAAAGAUCGACAAAAGCUUUUUACAGAAGCUGUUAUUAAAAAAUGGUGCUUUCAAGUCUUUCAUGGCCUUUCUUAUAUGCAUCAGCGAGGUUACUUUCACCGCGAUCUUAAGCCAGAAAAUCUAUUAGUCUCUAAAGACAUCAUUAAGAUUGCUGAUUUUGGUUUGGCACGGGAGGUUAAUUCGAGUCCACCUUUUACCGAGUAUGUUUCUACACGCUGGUACAGGGCGCCUGAAGUACUCCUUCAGUCAUAUGUAUACACAUCAAAAGUUGAUAUGUGGGCGAUGGGAGCUAUUAUGUCUGAGUUGUUGUCUCUUCGUCCUAUAUUUCCAGGGGCUAGUGAAGCAGAUGAGAUCUAUAAGAUCUGCAGUGUCAUAGGCAGUCCAACUGAGGAAACCUGGUUAGAGGGACUUAAUCUUGCUAACACCAUAAACUAUCAAUUCCCUCAGCUUUCUGGUGUGCCUCUUUCAAGCUUGAUGCCAUCUGCUAGUGAAGACGCAAUUGAUCUUAUUACGCGGCUUUGCUCCUGGGAUCCAUGCAAGAGACCCACUGCUGCAGAGGCUCUGCAGCACCCGUUCUUUCAGAGUUGCUUUUAUGUCCCACCAUCUCUCCGACCCAAGCCAUCUGUUGCAAGAACUCCUCCGCCUGUUGGACCAAGAGGAUCAUUCGAGCACCAAACAGUUAAAAGGCAGACUGUGUCUCUUGCCAAGCCAUUCAACAAUGUUUCUCCAAGGCCAAGUGCUGCUUUUGGCAGUGGCGUCCAGAGGAAACUCGACAUGGCUAAUAAGCAAGAUGGAACGAGGAACACUAAACCGGUGAGAAGUUCUGUCAAAGACUCCAAGUACAGACCACCCGGUAGAAAGAGUCCUCCUGGAGGUAAUGCAGCAGGUUCGUCAUUGAGCAAGAACAGGGUCGCGCGUGGUGUAUCCGAGACUGCUGAUAAACUUUCCAACAUGAGCGUCAGAGGAACCGUGUCUCGAAGACACUCUGUGUCAGUGAUGCAGCAACAGCAGCUGAAGCCACCGCCGAUGAAAGCAGGUUGUGUAGGAGAAAAACGUGACAUGUUCCUUAGACCAACCCAACCCGCCACCAGUGCCUACUCUAGGAAAGUCGCCGGCUGACCCAAAUACCUCUCAACAACAGUAAACAGUUUACUCCUGAAUAUCUUAUAAUAUAUACUCUGCUUUGUCCCUUAAGUCGUCAUUUCAUCAAAAAAGAAAAAAAAAAAACUUAAACUGCUCCUUUUCAGUUUUGUCUUUUGUGUCGUCUACAGUUUCUUGUUUUAUUUUAUUUUCCAUACUUUUGACUGUGUGAUGGUUUGUAUUAUGCGUGACGCUUGACUUCAUGGUUUGCAAUAAAGUUGGCUUGGGACUACUUA